CCGUUCAAAUUCAAAAAAUUCGCUUCGUCGUUCGGACGUUUUGCUCCGGCUCGAACAAAUUGCCUUUUGCUGCCGAGAACAGCUGGACUUCGCUGAUACAAGAUACAAAGAUACUGAAGUUAAACUGACAAGUUAUCUUGCAUAUUCAUCGUGUGUCGUACGGGAAAUAAAAUCAAAAAACAUCGUUUUGCCGAUCCCCUAUAAAUUAAAGGGAGUUUCGUUUAGUGUCGCGUUUAAAGUGAUAAGCAGUUGAAAGCGAAAAACAACUGUGGAGAAUUGCCGGGAAUCGUUAACAUUUUGGCAAUAAAACGCAGUGGUUCUACCAUCUAUUGGUCUCAAAACAAACAAAUCAUUUCACAAACAGGCCCACAAUCGCAUAUAUACGCAUAUAUCUAUAUUCAUGGGAUAUGUACUCGGAUGUUCGUGAGUGAGAAUUGGUGGGUGUGUUGUUUUUGCCUACGGCAUCGCGUGAAAAGUCGCGCGCGAAUUGUGCGGUAGAUUUAUGUCCGCGGUAAUUGGUUGAAGCUUAAAAUCUAAUAGCCAUUAAUCAAACUUGGUGAACAAAUUGCCAAAAAGCAAGAAAGAAAAAAGAAACAUAUAAACAAAUAUUUUGAAAUGAAAAGUGGUAGAAGCUAUCAAGUGGUCAACUAAUAAAAUUAAAUAAUAUGGUAAUAAACUUUACACUGUUAAACAAAUAAUGUCAAGCAUUAGGUGAAAAUUUAUGUCGACAGAUUAAAAGACAAAACAUCGCACUAACAUGUUAAAACAAAACAAAAGGAAAAAAAUAAAUAUAAGUCAAAGUUUUAAAUAUUAAAGACUAAAAAAGAAAUUGAGAUUUUCAAAACAAAAAGUUGAUGACAUCAAACUUCUUAAAACAAUAACGAUUUAUUACUUCACGUAAAGUUUGUUCUUUUUAUUAAAGGCAACACAAAGUGAAACAUUUUAACGAGAGCACUUACAGUUUCAUAAACAAAAAAAGCGAUCAAAAAUCAGAUAUAAACAAGUAAAAUUCCUUUUCAAUAAUAUUAAGACAAGGUAUUUUAAUUGUCAACAAGUGUCAAAACAUAAAACGGAAUAAGUAAUUGCCAAUCGUCCGACAAAGGAAAAUGCUUCAACACAAACAAACGACAAAGAAAAGUGCACAAUAAACGCGUGUGAAAAAAGCAAUACAAAGAGAAGAGUAUUUCCAGUAAUCCGUCUACAAAAACAAUGAUUUCCGUAAUAGCCAGUAUGUCUUGGCUAAUUCUGCUGCUAAUGCCUCUCACUGGGGCCCACAUCAGUGACUUGGGGGGAGCAGCUAUGAUGACCACAGUUGCUCCCACUUCGAGCCACCGAAAUGCCCACCAGCAGCAGAGGUUGCAGCAGUUGCAGGAGGCGCAGCAACUGGAGUUCCAUCAGCAACACCACCACCAUUUGCGGCACGAGCAGCACUUGCGGGCCGAGCUGGAGGGGAACCACCACCCGCCAGUCGCGGACUUCGAAAUGAGUGCAUCCCAGUUGGCCUUCGACCCACAAUUACCCAUGCAGCAGCACCACUUGCGCCACCACAACCGUCACCAUGUGAGCUGGGAACAAAGGGUCUUUCCCUCGCUGCGACAUCAGCCACAUCGCUUGGCCAUAGGAACCAGCACAGCCAGAAGUAUUGUCACCUCCGAGGCACCCACAACCACCCACCACGGCCUGUCCAGCAAUCACACGCGCUAUUUCGACCGGGAUGGCAUCUUUCCUUCCUGGGCCGAACCUCGAUCCACCAGAGGUCCCAAUUGGCGGCAGGAAGUGGAUUCCAGUGGCUCCGAGGAGGAAAGCGACGAGGACGACGACGAGGACUACGAGUACGAAGAUGACUCCGCUUCCAAUGGCGUCGAUGAAGAGCUAGCCCGACAAAUGCCCAGAUACUCGUUGUUCACCAAAAAACUACCCCACAUUGACCUGAAAAAAGAACAGGAUUACACCGCCUACGAUCAGUCGGAUGAACUGGGCAUUGUCUCGAAUAGCAACCAUAACAAUAACCAUAACAACAACAAUAACAGGCAUCCCAGUGUGGCCAAUCCCCACGACAAGUCAUCCGGCAAACGCAAUAUAUUUGACUGGUUGUUCAAGCAAGAUGUGGAAAAGGCGGUAGUUAAAGUACCACACACCACAACUCCAACUACAACUACGACAACCACCACAACCUCGACCACAACUCCGAAGCCUGUGACACGCACCGAAAGGCCAAAACUCCAGCUAAUAGACGCCAAUCUUAAAAGCAACGGCGGCGAAGAGGACUACUCAAACGAGGAUUCGGAUUCGGAUUCCGAGUCGGAGGAGGGCUUCUCCAACGAACAGUGGAACAAAAUCGAGCACGAGCAUCACCUCAAGCAGCAGAAACACCAGAAGGAGCUAUUGGCGCUGCGCGAGAAGAGCCGGAAUACCAAUACUCCGCUCAUAAGAAACUUUGAGAAUGAGGACGUGAAUAACAUUUACGCACGCAACCACGUAGCGGGAAAGCUAGCCCUGAAGAAGGAUGAGCAGUUGGGAACCCCCGAAGCGGCGCUCAAGGCGAGACGCCUUCACGCUCAGAAGCAGAAAAGUGAGAGAGCCCUUGCACACGCCCACAUGAACCAGGUGCUGAAGGAGGCCACCUGCCGGGUUCCCCAGAAGCGCUGUCAGCUGGUCCAGCAGGAUCCCUCGAAGAUCUACACGCCCCACUGCACCAUUUUGCACCGCUGCAGCGAGGACAGUGGUUGUUGUCCGAGCAGGAGCCAAAUAUGUGCCGCCAAGAGCAUCCACAACGUCGAGCUCCAUUUCUUCGUGAAGAGCAGCAAGCACCGGAGCGUAAUCGAGAAGAGAACCUUUGUGAACCAUACGGAGUGCCAUUGCAUCGAGCGAUCGAACUACAACGAGGACACGGCCAUGGCAAUGGCCCACUACGGGCAGUCGGUGGUGCGGGCCACCAUACUGAGUUGCACCUGUCCGAAGAGCUUCGAGAAAAUCCUGCAGGACGACGGGCAGUGCCGGUGCGACUGCAGUUCCGGAAACUAUGACUGCGAUUGGCUAAAGCGUGGCAACGAGCACUUCGCCAUGAACGAUCGCAAGUGCAUCCAGCAAGGCCGCUGCAAGCCGCCCACCUGUGAAUUCGGUCCCUACAUGGACAAACACGGCCGCUGCCCCAAGCAACACGAACAACCCGCCUAUAAUGCCAUGUCAUAGGCGAUGCGUAUCCCAAGUGAGGAGCACACAAAACCAGGAAAAGUAUUAUUCAGUCGGUGGCAAACUCAAAAGCAGACAAGAGGGGAAUCUUGGGAAACGAUCCUUUCCUGAAUAGAGUAAAAGCAAAAAGAGAGACGUGAAUUUAGUUGCAUAUCCUAUACAAACCAACACAAAAGUAAAACGAAAAGAAAUCUAUUUAUACACCAGGAUGGGUCGAUUAGAAGAAAGCAAAUAUACUGAAUUUCUGAGAAAUCUUAAAUCUUUAAAUUCUUUUGAUAAUUCUUAAAAACAAAAAUCUCUAAUACCAAACAGGUCGCUCUAAUGUCAAGUUGACUAAGUUUUUUUAUUGGCACGCCAUUAAAUAUAAUUAAUUAUAUAUAUUAUAUUUUAUAUUUAAACACCAACUAGUUUUAACUAAGUUUUAAAUUAAAACUGAAAGCUGAAUCUUAAGAAAAAUAUAUUAGGAACUGUCUUUAAAAUGGAUUACUCAUUAUUUGCUUUCAACAAAAUUGACCCUACCGAAAAUACACAUACUAAUUAUGUAAAUGAAUAUCAGUGAUUGUGUAUUAAACGUAUUAAGACCACAACACUGUCUGUCCUCGAUCCGAUAAAAACAUAAAAAAGUAAUAUGAAGCUGUAGCGUUGUUUAUGAAUAUUUCAAUGUACGAGAUCCAUAAAUAAACCAGAAAGAAUUAUGUGUAUUUUAUGCGUAUGCUAAAUGAAAUUCCAAAUAUAUAAAUUGACUGCGUUUUAGUUUUAAUUAACUAAUGUUAUGUUAUUUAAUUAUAAUGAACAAACAAAAAC